ACGGCUCCAUUGUCUGCUAAUCAAAUCGAAGCAUAGCAUUUCGUAAAGUUGACACACAUUUUUUUGUUAUAUUGAGUGUUACUUGAAGUAUUAAAGAAAAUUCAAGUUAGUUCAAACAACCAAUAACUAACGCGUGAAGCAAAAGAAACGACAAAUAACAAAGGAAAGUUCUCUGAACACAAUACAUCUUUGAGAAGCACACGAUUUUUUUGGCUGUUGGUAUUUUUUUUAAUAUCGUAUGUCCAUCCAGAAUUUAAAUACAUUCGACCCCUUUGCUGAUGCAAUCAAGGGUGCAGAUGAUGAUGUUCAAGACGGUCUUGUUCACAUAAGAAUUCAGCAGCGUAAUGGCCGCAAAACAUUAACCACAGUCCAGGGCCUAUCAGCGGAAUAUGACUUGAAAAAAAUUGUGCGAUCAUGUAAAAAGGAAUUUGCAUGUAACGGCACUGUAAUUGAACAUCCCGAAUACGGAGAGGUAUUACAACUCCAGGGUGAUCAACGUGAAAACAUAUGCCAAUGGUUGACAAAGGUUGGCCUAGCCAAAUCUGAUCAAUUGAAGGUGCAUGGUUUCUAAAUUAUGCACUACUCAUCAAAUAGAAGAAACCUCCACUAAGAGCCACAAAAACCAUAUGAUAGAAACAAAAAUAGUAAUAUUUGACGAGGUUUUUAUGUGCUGUACACAAGUUUCAUUUUUUUCGAAAUGUAUAUUAGCUAAUAUCACAACAAACACACACACAGAAAGCCAACUAUCAAAAAACGGUGUUGCUACUCUUCACUUUUAUGGAGAUUUUAUUCAUCGUUCAUCACCCUCCAACUACUACCAUCAAAAUCAAUUACAAUAGAAGAAACAGCAAUAGCUAUUAAAAGCCAAAAUUCAUUGCAGAUAUAAUCAAUUCCAACAUUGAAUCACAACGAGAAAAUCUGCUUUAAAAAUGUCUUUCAGAUUUUUCCCGUUUAGAAAAUUUUUAAUUGAAUGAAGUCAUAAAAACUGUUAGUUUAUAAUAUUAUAAAUUUCUUCAAUAUAAAAAUAAAUAUAUAUUUUUUUAAAUUGAAAAAUAACAUUGUUCAAGUAUAUGCAAUAUGCUGCUAAAAAUAUUUGUAAUAAAACAUAAAAUUCUUUUUAUUUAAUGUAUAAUCGAACUGAUUUUUUUAAACAAAAAAAGAAAUGGAUAAAACUUUUCGUGAAUAAUAGAAUUGAAUCAAUGUUACAUCGUCAUUUGUUAAUCUAUACACCCUUCAAACUCCCUCAACUUAGCACAUUUUUAAAAUGAUAUUCAUUUUUGGAAUAAGAAAUAAGUUGAUCCCUAUUCAUGGUCCUUUCCUGCUGGUAUGUCUGCAGCCAAUUUUGUGGAAGCAAAGAAGAAAAGCAAGAUAAGUUCGAGUACUGUACUGUAAUUGUAAUUAACUUUUUUAGUUAAUUUUCUUUUGGUUCUACCCUACAAAAAACAUUUUUUUUUGUUUUUAUGGAUUCAUUUUUAUUUCAAUUUUUAGGACAUAAUCGUUUUAUUUACAUGAGAUGAGAUAAACUUAAACAUAAAACACAAUUAUAUUAUAAAAAGGAGAAAAAAUAAUUAAAAAAUAAAAUGUUAAAAAAA